AUGGCUGCCGAAUAUUUGACCAACCGUGUCCGAAUCGGUCUGUACCACACGAGGUCAAGUUGGUUAUCAUACGAGGUCAAGUCGGUUGUCAUACGAGGUCAAAUUAGUUACCAUACGAGGUCAAGUCGGUUACCACACGAGGUCAAAUCGGUUGCCAUACGAGGCCAAGUCAGUCGCCAUACGAGGUCAAGUCGGUUACCACACGAGGUCAAAUCGGUUGCCAUACGAGGCCAAGUCAGUCGCCAUACGAGGUCAACUCGGUCGCCAUACGAGGUCAAAUUAGUUACCAUACGAGGUCAAGUCGGUCGCCUUACGAGGUCAAGUCGGUUAACAUACGAGGUCAAGUCGGUUACCAUACGAGGUCAAAUCGGUUGCCAUACGAGGUCAAGUCAUAUCCCAGAACACAAGAAAACACCACCGUACUUGUCUAAUUCAGUCCCAGAACACAAGAAAACACCACCGUACUUGUCUAAUUCUGUCCCACAACACAAGAAAACAUCACCGUACUUGUCUAAUUCAGUCCCACAACACAAGAAAACAUCACCGUACUUGUCUAAUUCAGUCCCAGAACACAAGAAAACACCACCGUACUUGUCUAAUUCUGUCCCACAACACAAGAAAACACCACCGUACUUGUCUAAUUCAGUCCCAGAACACAAGAAAACACCACCGUACUUGUCUAAUUCAGUCCCAGAACACAAGAAAACACCACCGUACUUGUCUAAUUCUGUCCCACAACACAAGAAAACAUCACCGUACUUGUCUAAUUCAGUCCCAGAACACAAGAAAACACCACCGUACUUGUCUAAUUCAGUCCCAGAACACAAGAAAACACCACCGUACUUGUCUAAUUCUGUCCCACAACACAAGAAAACAUCACCGUACUUGUCUAAUUCAGUCCCAGAACACAAGAAAACACCACCGUACUUGUCUAAUUCUGUCCCACAACACAAGAAAACAUCACCGUACUUGUCUAAUUCAGUCCCAGAACACAAGAAAACACCACCGUACUUGUCUAAUUCAGUCCCAGAACACAAGAAAACACCACCGUACUUGUCUAAUUCUGUCCCACAACACAAGAAAACAUCACCGUACUUGUCUAAUUCAGUCCCAGAACACAAGAAAACACCACCGUACUUGUCUAAUUCUGUCCCACAACACAAGAAAACAUCACCGUACUUGUCUAAUUCAGUCCCAGAACACAAGAAAGCACCACCGUACUUGUCUAAUUCAGUCCAAGAACACAAGAAAACACCACCGUACUUGUCUAAUUCAGUCCAAGAACACAAGAAAACACCACCGUCCUUGUCUGUUCUGGUUAGUUCCAGAUAA